AUGAAUGAAGGCCCUACGAAGAAGAAAACUCUUGAUUGGGACACACGGCUUAAGAUAGCAUAUGGUGCAGCACAAGGACUAGCGUAUCUACAUCAUGACUGUAGUCCAAGGAUCAUACACAGAGACGUGAAAUCGUCCAAUAUUCUCUUGGACAAAGAUUUAGAGGCUCGUUUGACAGAUUUUGGAAUUGCUAAAAGCCUGUGUGUGUCAAAGACACAUACUUCAACUUACGUUAUGGGCACGAUUGGUUACAUAGAUCCCGAGUAUGCUCGCACUUCACGUCUCACUGAGAAAUCCGAUGUCUACAGUUAUGGGAUAGUGCUGCUUGAGUUGUUAACCCGAAGGAAAGCCGUCGAUGAUGAAUCUAAUCUCCACCAUCUGAUAAUGUCAAAGACGGGGAACAAUGAAGUAAUGGAAAUGGCAGAUCCAGACAUCACAUCGACGUGUAAGGAUCUCGGUGUGGUGAAGAAAGUUUUCCAAUUGGCACUCCUAUGCACCAAAAGACAGCCAAGUGAUCGACCUACGAUGCACCAGGUGACUCGUGUACUCGGCAGCUUCAUGAUGUCGGAGCAGCCACCUGCUGUGACAGACACGUCAGCAGCGCUGGCUGGUUCGUGCUACGUCGAUGAGUAUGCGAAUCUCAAGACUCCUCACUCUGUCAAUUGCUCUUCCAUGAGUGCUUCUGAUGCUCAGCUCUUUCUUCGGUUUGGACAAGUUAUUUCUCAGAACAGUGAGUAGUGUGAAUUACUUUUUUUCUUAGGAGAAAACUCUACAAAACGGUAUCGUUUUUGUUGCAUUAAGCUGUUAGAAAAUUAUUGUUCUCAUGUAAAAAUUUAUGCACUGCCUUAUUAUUAUUAGACAAGUGUGUGAAUAUCCUCAGACUGGCACUCCAAGUUCCUAUUUCUAUCCAAACUUAUGUUUCCGGAAA